CUGUGCUUAUUCAUUUUCUUUUUAGGACGGUUUCAACCGUAGCGAAGUAAAAAAGGCUCUUCUCGAAUCAAUUUACGAGAAAGAAAAACAAGAGCGACGUCUGGCGGCUGAGCUAGAAAGGCAAAAGGAGAUUGAGUUGGAAAGAUCUAAAAAAGGGAAGCGAGUGAAGAAGAAGAAAUUGCAAAGCAGAAAGAAGGAAGAAAGGCCUAUUCCGACAACAGAAGACUUCAUUCGAUUCAUUUCACUUGAUUACUCCAAAGGUGGUUUAUUUUAA